AUGUCAGUUACCAAUAUAGUCCUAGAUGCUAAUGCAUCCACGGAGGAACUUCCGACGUACGAGGCACCCGCUCGUGUACGAAUAACUGACGAUGCGAGAGUCAUUGUAGAGCAAAUUCGACCAGCACCAGAGACUCAGGUGCUUAUAUUCUCGCCAAAUGGAGAAUGGGCUGUGAAAUCUCCGUCAGAUCCAGCUUCUCAACCUCACCCGUUGAAGAUAAAAGACGAAUUCAGGACAUUUGGUGUUGUUGGUCUUCUCGAGCUGAAUCUUGGCAAAUACUUGAUUGUCGUCACCGAGAAGGACUUUGUAUGCCAGAGUUUGGGUCGUGUUGGCUUAGUAUGGAGAGUUCGAAGUGUACGAAUGGUGCCAGUUACUCGCAAAGAAUUCCUAACACUGGACGAAGAAGAGCACGAACGAACCUGCUUGGCCUCUGUCUCGUCAGUAAUGAGCUCAGGGUUAAUGUAUUACUCUCUCGAUAUCGAUCUGAGCAAUAACACACAGCGAGUCAUUGAGUUUGGUGGUAAUCCAAGGACACCUAUACGGCCCAACUUUUUACCUACUCUCUUUCAAAACUUGCAUGAUCCAUACUUCUUCAACAAACACCUACUUCGCAUGUUUUUACAUGAUGCAUCAUACCCGUAUAUAUUACCGUUGAUAUGUGGUUAUGUGGGGUCUACGUAUAUCAAGUCGGGACACAUGCCAAUACAUGUAAUGCUGAUUGGACGUAUCUGUCGGUAUAAUGCGGGGACGAGGGCUAGAAGGCGAGGCGUUGACGGUCGAGGAGCACCUGCAAUCGAAGUAGAAUCCGAAUUAUUAGUCCAUACACCACAUACGCUUGCUUCUUUUACACAACUACGAGGCUCUGUACCGUUAUAUUGGAAGCAAGAAUGCGGAGACACCCCUCAUAUAAACCCCAAACUAGAUUUCGAAGGAUCCAUCUCCGCUGAUAGUUUCGAGUCUGCUCGAGUGCAUUUCGAAAACGUGUACAAGAGAUACGGCUCGAAUAUUACCGUCCUAGAUUUACUAUCAGACAAGGAACCAGAUCAAGCCAUCUUGUCUGAAUCGUAUUCGGACCUGUUGAGACAGCUCAAUCGACCAGAAAUAGAAUAUAUAAGACGACCAUCACCAACGUCCUCGCUUCAUGGUCUAGAAGCUCUAACUACAGAGACGAGAUUAUCGCAGGCUGAACAAGGCUUCUUCUCCAUGAUGUUGAAUGCAGUAGACCCGACACAAUAUGAAUCCAAACCACGUCAAUUCGUUAAAUUUAUGCAAGUACAAACCUCACCAUCCUCAAUAACAUCGUAUUAUGCCGUCUUCACCUUCCAGCGAGGUAUAUUCAGGAUAUCAGACCUGGACUGUGUAGACGAUGUGAAUGUGGCGGAAUACUUAAUGGCCAAUGAAGCACUAGUAGAUAUUUUGCAUCACGCUAAAAUGUGGCCAAGAGGUGCUCGUAAAUUGUCGGAUGAAUCAAUGGCAAAGCUGGGAAGAUUAUGGGCAGGCCACGGUGAUGCUAUUGCUCAACAGUAUACAGGUACAGCUGCACGUGGGAUGGGACGAUUAAGGAAUCUUCGGGGCUUUUCUAGAUUAUAUGAUUCUUAUAUAAAAGAUAGUCUCAUUCGGUUAGCAAGAACGUAUCUGGAUUCGCUGCAAGAGAAUACGAGACAGGAUAAUAUUGACCUCUUCAUGGGAACGCAUCCUUCUGCACACAUGGUACUCGAGCACUCUGACCAGCAUAUCGUAAUGAAACGUCGACUCUCUUUAAAAGACUAUAAUGAGACAUCCUUCCCAGUCGCCACACUAAUAAUGGCCAAAAAGUUUACAGCACCCAAAGUAGUAGACUCACCCCUUGCAUGGAUAUCAGCCAUGGUGUGGCUACUCAUAUACUUCAUAUACACUCGCUUUCUUCAAGUCAGCCCGACACAGCUACGUCGACCGACUCAAUCAACAAUGGAUUUCAAACUUCUGAUGAGCCAGACUGUUGCUGAACCUACACCAACUACAUCGUCGAAUGGUGGUCUACAUGUCCCGGAUACGCCGAUUUCAUUAAGUAAAAUGUUGUCGAGACGGCCGUCUGCUAUUGAUGGGAGGGACAGAGAUAGAACGAUGGAAGGGUUGUCGCCUGCCAGCUCGGGGAAUCUGAGUCAUCUAGAUCACAGUAGGCACGCGUCGCUUGUCACAUCGCCGUUUGCUUCGAGAAGUGGUGAUCUUACACCGAUAGGAGGGGCUAGAAGAAGCGUAAGUGGGAAUAUCAAAUAG